UAAUCCGAAAUCCGCCAUAUUUUGCUGAGAGUCGCCCAUCGCUUGAGGGUAGUGUGGAUUUUCAUCAUAAUUUAUUCAGAUAAUAAUGAAUAUUAUCAGUUUAAUAUCAUAAUUUUAGUGUCAGUGAUUAGUGUCGUAUUAAUACAAUAAUAGAACUCUCGUCUAGCUAUAACUAAUGUGGUAUAAUCUCUGUUUCCCGUUUUGUCUGCCCAAUCUAAUCUAAACAGAAAAUGGCCGACGGUGUUGGUGCGGGUGUCUCCUUUGUUUAGGGCUGAAUUCUAGUGAAAAUAAGUGUUAAAAGAAAUAAUGCCUAGUGCCUCGUUUUCCUCCUCGCGUUCUUACGUACGUAGAUCGCGGAGAAAAGGCGGACAUCGGAUACCCCUACCUUCUAGGACACAAUCGAGUGAGCCAUGUGAAUCAGUCCCUUGCCCCAACAACGUGACGGGCAGCGCGAUGGCGGCGACGGCGGCAUGCGCGGGUGCGAGCGGCAGCGGAGGCGGUGGCGCCCCGCCCGUGCCCGCGGCCGCUGCAGCCAGCACCCCGGGCCACCACAGUCCUUACGACCUGCGCCGCAAGUCGCCGCCAGCCUACCACGAGCCCGGACCCUCGGGCACUUGCUCUCUACCCGCUAGGAAGAGGCCGAGAACAUCUCUAUCUCAAGGAGUGGAUGUGUGCAAUGUAUCACAGUACUUGCAGUAUGAAUUGCCAGAUGAAGUGUUGCUGUGCAUUCUCUCACACCUCACAGAGCGGGACCUCUGUCGCGUCGCUCAAGUCUGCAAGCGAUUCAACACGAUCGCCAAUGACACUGAACUAUGGAAAAGUUUAUACCAGUCAGUGUUUGAAUACGACAUGCCGCUCAUGCACCCCGCACCGUGCCAGUUUGAGUUCGUAGCGCCCGACGAGUGCGAUGCGGACAACCCUUGGAAGGAAAGCUUUAGGCAGCUCUAUUACGGCAUUCACGUGCGACCCAACUACCGCCCCAAGAAAGACUCUCGUAUUAAGCACUUUAACACAAUCAGGGCCGGGCUGGAGUAUGUGGAAGAGCGUAGCGGGGGCUCCAGCGCCAGCUCCAGCAGCGCGGGCAGCGCGGCCGGCAGCGUGUGCAGCAGUAGCAGCGCCGUCUGCGUCUGCGGCACCGCGCCCGCCGCGCCCUGCGCCUGCCGCCGCCCCACGCCGCCGCACGCGCCCGCACUGCUCUUUGUACACGCAGGCCUCUACCAGGAGGAAUGUCUGGCCAUUGAUACAGAUGUGCAGCUCAUAGGUUGUGCCCCAGGCAAUGUAGCAGAAUCUGUGGUGUUGGAGCGCGAGGCGGAGUCCACGCUGACGUUUGCGGAAGGCGCGAACCGUGCGUACGCCGGUCACAUGACGCUGAAGUUCUCCCCCGACGCAACCAGUACCAUGCAACACCACAAGCACUACUGUCUGGAAGUGUCCGACAACUGCUCCCCCACUGUCGACCAUUGCAUCAUUAGGAGUGCUAGUGUUGUUGGAGCUGCUGUUUGCGUGAGCGGCGCGGGCGCGAACCCUGUCAUCAAACACUGUGACAUUAGCGACUGUGAAAAUGUUGGCCUAUAUGUCACCGACUAUGCGCAGGGAGCAUAUCAAGACAACGAGAUCUCACGGAACGCGCUCGCUGGUAUAUGGGUUAAGAACUUUGCCAACCCAAUCAUGCGCCGCAACCACAUACACCAUGGCAGGGAUGUCGGAAUAUUUACGUUUGAAAAUGGCUUGGGUUAUUUUGAAGCUAAUGAUAUCCACAACAAUAGAAUUGCUGGUUUUGAAGUAAAGGCCGGCGCCAACCCCACCGUAGUCCACUGUGAGAUUCACCAUGGACAGACUGGCGGCAUAUACGUACACGAGUCCGGUUUGGGCCAGUUUAUAGAUAACAAAAUACAUUCUAACAAUUUUGCUGGAGUGUGGAUCACGUCAAACAGUAACCCUACAAUCAGGCGCAAUGAGAUAUACAAUGGACAUCAAGGCGGAGUUUACAUAUUCGGGGAAGGCCGUGGACUAAUCGAGCACAAUAAUAUUUACGGAAAUGCUUUAGCUGGUAUACAGAUACGUACAAACAGUGAUCCCAUAGUCAGGCACAAUAAGAUCCACCACGGACAACAUGGUGGCAUCUACGUACAUGAAAAGGGUCAGGGGCUUAUAGAGGAGAAUGAAGUGUACGCCAACACACUCGCCGGCGUCUGGAUCACGACGGGAUCUACCCCCGUGCUGCGGCGCAACCGUAUACAUUCGGGGAAACAGGUCGGAGUAUACUUCUACGACAAUGGCCACGGUAAACUAGAAGACAACGAUAUUUUCAACCACCUGUACUCAGGCGUCCAGAUACGGACCGGCAGUAACCCGGUGAUCCGGGGCAACAAGAUAUGGGGUGGCCAGAACGGCGGAGUUCUCGUCUACAAUGGAGGCCUAGGGCUCCUAGAACAAAACGAGAUCUUCGAUAACGCUAUGGCCGGAGUAUGGAUAAAGACUGACUCCAACCCUACGCUCAAAAGAAAUAAGAUAUUCGAUGGGCGAGAUGGGGGAAUUUGUAUUUUUAAUGGGGGAAAGGGUGUUCUCGAAGAGAACGAUAUAUUUCGUAACGCACAGGCGGGCGUACUGAUCUCGACACAAAGUCACCCGGUGCUGCGACGUAACCGCAUCUUUGAUGGGCUGGCGGCCGGCGUCGAAAUUACAAACAACGCCACCGCCACACUGGAACAUAAUCAAAUUUUUAAUAACCGUUUCGGAGGUCUAUGUCUCGCAUCGGGAGUGUCGCCAUUAGUGCGGGGUAACAAAAUAUUCAGCAACCAAGACGCAGUGGAGAAAGCCGUGGGCGGUGGACAGUGCCUGUACAAAAUCUCAUCUUAUACUUCCUUUCCGAUGCACGAUUUCUAUAGGUGCCAGACCUGCAACACGACAGACCGUAACGCAAUCUGCGUCAACUGCAUCAAAACGUGCCAUUCCGGACACGACGUAGAAUUUAUUCGCCAUGACAGAUUCUUCUGCGACUGCGGCGCGGGGACGCUGUCGAACCAGUGCCAGUUGCAGGGCGAGCCGACCCAGGACACGGACACGCUGUACGACUCGGCGGCGCCGAUGGAGUCCCACACGUUGAUGGUGAACUAGCGGCCGCGCCCCGCUGCGCCUCGCCCGCCAUACCGCCCACCGCGCACAGCCUCGCGUCGGAUAUCAGUAUUCGUCGGAAACCUAAUUCUUUUUAUUUAUUUUUAGGCGUUAUUCGCCGCCAAUUUUAAUGUAGUCGUUCGUCUCCGCGAGUCGCGACUCGCCCUCUUCUAGUUCAAUUAUUUUUAUUAUCUAAAACUUGAUAUGAGUAUUGUAUAUCCUCGUUAGGGAGCCGCCGCCUGUGCGCUCCCGUACACGUGUAUCCGGCUGAUAAAUGUAUUUUCAUCUUUGUACUUUAUAGUUGACGAAAGUAAUCAUAUUUCGGACAUAACGCUAUCUGUAUAUGUAGGGAGUUUUUUUAAUCAUCGGUACUUAAUAAUUAUUGUAUUUUGUCGAGUAGUAUCAUGCAUUCCCAAAUUGUAAUCGUAAACCAUAAUAACGAGAGAUCACAUUGAUAUUUAGAAUAAUGUUAUUCGUUUUAUAAGAUGUACUGGUAGUAGCUUAUAUAUUAUAGUAUCUACUAGUUUCAUAAUCAUGGGGAAGUAAAUUAGGUUUUGUUUCUUCGAAAAAAAAUCUGUAAUGUUUAGUUAUGUAAUAAUGUCGAUCCAGCGACUGAGUCAGUCAGGACAACUUUGUAAUAUAUGAAUCCAUCUAAUUUUAACCUUUUGACUAUACAAUUUCAUUUUUUUGGGGCAUUUAUUCCUUAGCUCUCCUGACAAUAAAGUUAAUUGGUCAGAUGUUUUAGUUAAUAAAGAUACUUGUACUUGAGUUUAGUUGGUGUAGUGGCGUGGGAGGCCGCCGUCGCCGCCGCACGUGGACGCAUGGCGCGGCGCAUUUAUUAAUCUCUCGUUUAGGAGUCUGCCUCGCCUAACUAUUUUGGCGCUCCUAAUGCGCUUUGUAAAUAUUUAUGUCACACAAUAAUCGAAAAAUGUAGUAAUUAAUGUAUUUGUAUCAUUAUAUUUUUAUUAUUGAUCACAACAUGUAUGUUUAAUUAUGGAAUUACGUACGUUAUGCUCAGACGGAAGGCCGGGGUCGCACGUACGCGGCCCGGCCUCGCUUUAUGUAAAGAGCACUUUGCCUGUGAGCCAGUAGAUAGUCCGGAGAUAUCAUUAGCCGCCUACGCGGCCCAUUAGUGUAUAUUAAGAUGCAAAUUAAGAACGAAUGUGCGUAUUUAAUUGGAAAAGAUCUUAGGUACAAUUGAUAUUUUAUUAUAUUGUUAAUUUAAAUUUGGUAUUGAUAUCGAUCGAGAAGCAAUGUUAGGAACUGGGAAGAGCCGUGCGUGAGCGGCCAGAGUGCUGAUAGUGAUAAGUUUAGCCCAUAAGCUAUAUGAACCUAAAUUACUCAGUAAUCACUAUUGCAAGUUUCGAAUUGUUAAAUCGUCUCUCCAUAGCACGGUAUGUUCUGAAUCUGCUUUUUUAUAAUCCUCAAAUCUGUGAUCAUCGCUAAAUGUGUAAGUGAAAUAUUUUAGUUGAAAUCCCCCACAUACAGUAUGGUUGACAUAAUUUUACUAUUAUUUCAAUGAAUUCAAAAUUGUAUAUUCAGUUAUUAUUGUGAAAUAAUACGGGAAAUUUAUUGUGGCGCCGAUGCUUUAUAUAUUUGAAAAUGGAAAUUGUUAUUUAUUAAAUUGUCAGUAAGUUUUUAAUUUAUUAAACUGAAAUCUGGAUAUUUUGUUUAUACACAAAAAUACCACUGUAAAAUCCGUGAUAUACAUCAUAUAAUAUUAUAA